UAAACCAAUGCCAGACCAAUGCUAGCCAGGAAGUAGACUGGUCCCUAGCGCUAAACUCGUACCGCCUGUCAGAAACAGUGGGGCCGCGAACCCAUCUAACCAAAACGUGGAAGGCUACGAUCAGACGUUAUUAUUGUAAUUUCGAUGCUUGGUCCACUUAUUGUGCAAUUCAGGAGAUGUCGGGAGAGCAUGCACCACUGCCGUCCCCAGAACGAGCCAUAUAUGGCUUUGCACUCUUUCUUGGUUGCUACAUUACAUUAGGUAUCUACCUUCUGUGGGCAUUCAUUCCAUAUAGCUGGUUCCAGGCAAUUGGCCUGACGUACUGGCCCCAAAAGUACUGGGCAAUUGCUGUACCAUCCUAUGCAUGUGUUGCAGUUGUUUUUGCAUAUGUGAUCUUCAUAGGCAUAAAUUUCAUUCACACUCCACUUUUACAGUCUGUCUCUACAUUCACUGAUUGCCAUGCAGUGCCACCUGUUGGCCAAGAUCGGUUAUCACCAGAAGCUGUUCCUCCAAUGGGAGACAUUGACAUCAGCACUGUCUGCCAUAUACUCUAUCUUGAAAAUGCUGAUAGACCUUGCAUGGAUACAUCCUGACACCACCAGUGUUUGAUACAUACGUAACCUUCAACUUACUAGGUGGCAAACUCUGCAUGGAUGCAUCAGGGAAUACCAGAUUCUGUCAUGUGUUUAUCAAGUAACAGUUUGACACACUUUUGUAGCUUGGAAGUUUCUGCUUAUCAGACAUAAACUCAUGUCAAUUAUCACUGCAGUAAUGUUUACCAAGGGGCCAUUGACCUUUGCUUAUCGUUCUUGACUUGAAAUAUAGCCAUUAAUAUAAAAGACAUGCUUAUCAUUAGUGUCCUUGUGCAAUGCAACAUUGAUUAGGCAUUGGGUUAGUUUGAGGUAAAUUUUGUUGCAUUGCAUUUUUCUUUGUUUUUCAUACACUUCCUUAAAAUUCCUAAUGUUUGUUUCGCUGAUACAGCAUUGCCCGGCUUAUGAUUCAUGGUUUGACUUGUUUUGCUUUUGUACAUAUGUAUAUUUUCAAUAUGUUUUGUCAAAAAUAAUUGCCAAAGCAACAAAAUGAUAUUUUACUGGUGAUAUCUUUAUUAAAUAAUGCAUGAUUCAAAUAUAUGUCACUGAAUGAAAACUGGUAAAAAAUACUGGUAUCAACAAUACUUAAAA